GUGUGGGGUUGUGAUUAGUUAUGGAAUUAAGUGGUGGGUGGAGAAGUUUUAGUGAACUGCUAGUUUUGGCUCUUGUAAGAAGAUUUUUGGCUACCCAAAUUUUUGUAUUUUUCCCUAUUUUAAUCAAAAUUUUUAUUUUAUUCUUUGCAAGAGAAUGAAAUCGUUGCUCUUUUAAUAAAAGACCCUUGUUAAGGGUGAAAAAGACAUUAUUAUUAACGGCAACACAUCCUAAAGUCAUUUUGCAAACAAGAGAAUGUCGUUGCUCUCUUUUUAACAAAUGACCCUUGUUAAGGGUGAAAAAGGACUGAAAAAAAUAUAACAUAUCCCCUAGUCAUUUUUCAAGAAAACGGAUACACACUUUACAAUAGGAAGUCUAGGGGGAGGGGGUCCUCUAUCGAAUGGUCACUUAACUAUCAAAAAAAUUCAGUAAAUGAUGUUCCUUACAAUUAGAAAAAUUCUUUUUGGCUUUUCAAAUGUUUUCCUAAAAUUUAUUUCAACCAAAAUUUUUUUUCUAGAUAAAAAUGAAGAGAGCGCGUGAAUGUGUUGAGGAUAAUGACCUUCCAGCAAAUUGUCAACAAUUAUUGUAUAUUUUGCAUGAAUGUAGACGCAAUUCAAUUGAUCCUAGAGCCCGUUUUAGAGGAAGAAGAGGGGAUAUGUAGACAAAAUGUGAUUGAGUGAGGGUAUAUUUUUUGUUUAGAAAAAAUUUUAAUUUUUUUUUAAUUUUUUGAAAAAUAAAAAAAUUUUUU